GUAGUAUGCUACAUGGCUAAAGUACCGACGAUACCAUAGGUAACCGCAACGCAAUGGAUCAUCAAGUAUAGACAAGUUUAGAUAAGAAUAUUUUGAGUGUAGUAAAGUCUUAUUAAUUUUUGACGGUGCAUUGAAGAACACUUCAGUGAGCAGUGGCUAAGAUGUCCGGCUUUGACGAAAAUCCUUUUGGAGAACCGAAUAUCAAUGAUCCAUUUUCAGAUCCUGCGAUAAGAAGGGCUGUAUCUUCUACUCCAGCUAAUAGGGGUUUAGAAGAUUACAAUCCUUUCGCGGAACAAGGUUCACAAGGAACUGCACAAGUCAGAGGUGCAUCAAAUCCUCCCAUCUAUGGAGGUAUUGGAGCUACACAGCAACCAGCUACACUUCAGCCUUCAAAUCAGGAACCUCCUGCAACUAAUUAUGUCCGUACUCCACAGCAAACAGUGAAUACAUCACUUGGAAGCACAUUAUCCCCUACUUCAGAUCAAAGAUCAGAGUCAGGAUGGAAAGCAGGAACAGAAGAAGACAUAAGGAAUACACCAUACUAUCCAAAAAGGAACAAUUGGCCACCUCUACCUGACAAAUGCUGCUGCCAACCUUGCUUCCACCAAGAUAUCGAUGUGGAAAUUCAUACAGAUUUUCAGAAGGUAGUCAGACAACUAUACCGUUUAUGGAUGUUUCACGGCUGUAUUUUAAUUCUAAACGUUAUUGGUGGAUUUAUUCUACUGUUAUGUACCGGAGCAUUUUCAACAUUUGGUCUUGGGAUAUUGUAUUUAAUACUUUUUACUCCAUUCUCGUUUUUAUGCUGGUUCAGACCAGCAUACAAAGCUUUCAAAAACGAUAGCUCUUUUAACUUCAUGGUAUUUUUCUUCGUCUUCUUCUUUCAAUUAAUCGUCACAGGGAUUCAGGCCAUAGGCAUUCCUGGCUCAGGAACUUGCGGUAUUAUACUUGCUAUCACGAUGUUCGACAACACAGCUAAAGGAAUAUUCCUUGGCUUUCUACUGCUCCUUAUUGCUCUUUGUUUCGUACUUGCUGCAUGCGGAGAUCUGCUAUUAUUAACUAAGAUUCAUCGCAUAUAUCGCUCGUCGGAUGCGAGCGUUUCGAAGGCACAACAAGAAUUCGCCACAACUUUCUUACGCAAUGAACAUGUGCAAAAUGCGGCAAGUAACGUCGCUGCCACUGCUGUCCGCGCCCAAAUGGCUAAUGCUGCUAAUCAACCACGCUAUUAAAGUGAUUUCACAACACUUCAGGAUUUAUUCUUCAGGUACUCUCUGACGUUUUACUACUCAGUAAAAUCGUAUGUGUAGAUCAUCUUAAUAAUGUGCAUUACUCGGGACUCGAAAUUAUAAUGUUCCAUAGAAGAUUCUAUUCUUACAGUGAAAACGAGAAAAUUAUACUACUCAUUCAUAAAAUCAUUUUUCUUUUUUUCUUGAUACGUUCGAAGUUUUAUUCAUGCACGUUUUCUCCGAAAAAUGAUUGAUUCGUAUCGUUUAUCGAAAGAUCUCAAAUGAAUAAUCACAAAUUUACUCUUGGCAAGUGUUUAACGAUUUAUGUAUUUCUUUAUUCCCCAUAACAGUAUUUUAAAUCGGAUUAACACAAUUAUUAUGUUGGUAUGUAUGUGUAUUAUUUAAAACAUAUAUGAUGUGUAUAUCCUUUUUGUUUGUAUUGAUUGGAAAUGAGUCACAAAAUAAUUUAUCAUCUAGUAAAGAAACGAGCUAAUAAUAAUCAUAUCACUAAUUCUUAUAUUAUUGCUUCUAUAUACAUAAACAUAUUUACUAGCUUUUGUAUUUUAGUGGCACUUUAAUCAUGACGUUGUAAUCAUGUGCGGCUUUAUAUAAAUGGAAAGCGUUCGAUUGUGUUGAAAAUCAAAAUAAUUUAAUUUAACAUGAAAAUAUGUUAUAUCCACGAGUAUAGAUUUCAAUUUCUUGUUUUACGGAACGUUAAUUUAACUACCGAUGGUAGGGGAAUAUAAGGCAUCCAUCCUUUUGUCUACCUUUAAUAACGUCCUACACAUUCCUUAAAUCGUGUAAUAUACAUUAUAUGGCCUUUCUUUAAA